ACAUUAUUGGCUUAAACGACACUGUUUUGGAUGCUUUGACUCGUUUUGAGAGUUUUACUUCUUACGUCGACAUUAUAUAAAUAUAUCGCGUAAUCGCCAUUAAGGUUUUAUAAUUUCUAUUCGUUGAACGUUUUUGGAGCAGCCAUUUUCUUUACCUAUACCCAAAAACUUCGCCGUGACAGCUGGUUUGUACGCUUUUAUCCUCGUUAUCGGUCUCUAAAAGCGUUUAAUCUGAAUUUGUGCGGAUUUGUCAAGGAGAUUUCAGUCGGCAGGUGAGAAACUACAGAAGAGAUUUCCUUCGAUAACUUCCACCAGGAACAAGUUGGGAAUCCCUGAUUUUCUGGACUUUUCGUCAUUGGCGCUCCGGUUGUUUGAUUGCAUGAUCAAUAUUAGAUAUUUUGUAUCUAAAUUACAUAACCUCUGUCUGAUUUGCCAACCGUUUGGGCUGGUUUCUUAUAUUUUUACACAACUUUGUUUUUGUUUUUUUUUUGACUUAUAAAACUUCAACUGGCAAGAUGAGUUUCAGUGUACGGAGGCACGGCAAGUCUCCAAAUUUAAAACCAUUUCGACAGAAGUUGCAAUUUUCCGCCAGUGAUAAUGAAGAGGAUUGUUUAGAGGAGGCGAACAACAGCACCGGGGCCGAAUCGGGCUUCACGGAGCUGGACUCUCCCGUCUCCGUGCGACGAGGCAGCGUUUAUAAGAGACCGGAGGACCUGGGCAGCAGCCCCCUCAGCCGAUCCCGAGACGACGACGAGUCCUGGGACGACGAGGAGGGUUUCGGAUCACCCUCACGCGUGAAAACCCCUUUUUACAUGAAAAGCUCCCCGUCACCAAGGAAAAGUCCUCCGGCUUACGACAGUUCCCCCGAGAGAAGUUACGUUCAUGAUGACAUGGAGGGAUCCAGCUCUCCUGUCCCGGACUGUCCUGAUACACCACCCCACAAAACCUUUAGAAAACUCCGUCUGUUUGAUACCCCUCACACCCCAAAGAGUUUAUUGUCGAGGGCCAGGACAACGCCAUCGACAAGCCGGAGAGUCGCCCUCUUCAAGAAUGUGGAUUCCACAGGCAAAUCCUGUCUGGAGGGACGACGAAACCAGACACCCAAAGUCAACAUCAACCCCUUCACCCCGGACUCUGUCCUGAUGCAGUCAUCAACGCUACAAAGAAACAACCGGAAACGAUUACAUUGGAAUGACUCCUGUGGGGAGGACAUGGAUGCAAGCGAUGCUGAAAUUGAGGAUGAGCUGAUUCCUCCAUCAAAGAGGAUCACAAUGAUGGAUAAUAACAUGAUGUCCAGAUAUGUGUCUGAAUUCCACGAGCUGGAGAAGAUCGGCUCUGGAGAGUUUGGCUCCGUUUUCAAAUGCGUCAAGAGAUUGGAUGGUUGUGUCUAUGCCAUCAAACGUUCCAAAAAGCCCCUGGCAGGCUCUGUGGAUGAGCAGAAUGCACUUCGUGAGGUCUAUGCACAUGCAGUUCUUGGACAGCAUCCUCACGUUGUGAGGUAUUAUUCUGCUUGGGCAGAAGAUGACCACAUGCUGAUCCAGAACGAGUACUGUAACGGUGGAACCCUGUCUGAUGUAAUUGGAGAGAACAAUAGACGCAUGCACUUCCUCUCAGAGAUCGAGCUGAAGGAUCUGUUGCUGCAAGUCUCUCGUGGACUCAAGUACAUUCACUUGACCGCACUUGUUCACAUGGAUAUCAAGCCAAGCAAUAUAUUCAUUUCACGCAAACCUGCUGCCAGUUUAGAGGAACUUGAAGAUGAAGAUGACGGACCUACAAGAGUGGUAUACAAAAUAGGUGAUCUAGGUCAUGUUACAAGGGUUACCAAUCCCCAAGUUGAAGAAGGUGACAGCAGAUACCUGGCUAAUGAAGUCCUUCAGGAGGACUACAGUAACUUGAAAAAAGCAGAUAUAUUUGCUCUGGCUCUGACUGUUGUCAGUGCCUCUGGAGCAGAGCCCCUUCCCACCAAUGGGGAUAAGUGGCACAAAAUCCGACAGGGCAUUCUGCCUCAUAUCCCACAAGUGCUUUCUCAGGAAUUAUUAAACUUGUUAAAGCUUAUGAUCCAUCCUGACCCAACGCACCGACCUUCAACCUCUGACCUCGUCAGACACCCUGUUCUGCUCACUGCUUCCAGAAUGAGUGCUGACCAGCUUCGUGUAGAGCUCAAUGCAGAGAAGUUCAAGAAUGCACUUCUACAAAAGGAGCUCAAGAAAGCUCAGAUGGCAAAGACCGCAGCAGAGGAGAGGGUUCUGUCUACAGACAGAGUUCUUACACGUUCCACAAUUCAAUCCAGUUCCAGAGCAUCUCGACUCAUCGGGAAGAUGAACCGCUCCCUUAGCCUCACUAUAUACUGAACUGCAGAUAAAAGACAUGACCGGACUUAUCAAGCAUUUGUUAUGUCAAAAGACUGAGUGGGUACUACAGUGGUGCUGUAUAAAGGAUUUGCACGCAGGCAUCUUUGUCUGUACCUGGAAGCAAGACUGAGAAGGUCCUGGAACUUGUAGUGCUUAUACUGCAUCAAGUACCAUGGGCUUAACUAAAGAACAAAUGUUUUUACUGAAGCUUGGCUUCCUCUACUUUAAAUUGUAUUUGCAAUAGACUUGCCUUUGUGUACAUAAUGCAGAUCUGCCUUAUUAGGUUUGCCUUCUCAAAAUGUAGUCUUCUCAUGAGGCAGAAUUUCCUCAAGAUGGUCACGUUGUUAGUAUAGUUCUGUCUUCCUAAUCUUUUCUUUAAGUUCCAAAAGUAAGGGUUAAAACAUAGUCUCUCUGCACUUGUUUCUUGAAUGUGCUGUGGUGCUCUUUACCAAAUGGGAGAUGUGUGCCCCUACAGGGCACUGAUAUGUGAAUGUACCAGAUCAAAGAUUUGUGCACCUUACUGCCUGUGAAAGAAAUGCCUGUUGAGCUAUGGAAGUUGGGGCCCGAGUUAGAUUGCCAUUAAAUGAGCACUUUGGAGGCAAUGGCUAGCUUGCCACAGAAAGCCUGCUGCUAUUCAUGUUUGUCUGUAUCCAGUUGGGGUUGGAAGAUUUAAGAUAAAGGUAUUUUUUAUUUUUUUUUAAAUGCCCUAAAUCAUUCUUUAUCCAUCCAAGCAAUAGUUCCUGUCCUCAUUGUCAUAAUUGUGUGUUGUGUUCCAGUGUCGUCUUUUGCAGAUUACAUCCACCAAUUUCUAGCUUUAUCCAAUCCUGUCAAAUCUUUCUGAAUCAUUUUCACCAUGUGACCAAUGUAUAAUAAAAACUGUAAGCAGAAUAUGAUUUAAAUGUAUGAAUGCCAUUAUCUCCAACACUGUUUGUAGCA